AUGGGAGUUCUCCAGUCACUUGGCCUUUCGCCAGCCAAGAAAGCAGGUGCAAAGGCUAUACGCCGUCUCUUUGGGCGGGUGAUGCCUGGCGAGGGUGACAGCGUCACUGCCAGUGCCAGUGCAAGUACCAGCGACACUGACCAAACUGGCAAUGGUAACGCCAGCAACGGAAGCAACGAUCACCAGGAAAUUUCCAAAGAUAAAAACGAAGCUCAGCAAAAGAGAAAUCCAGAUUCUUCAUCAUCGCCUUCUGCCACGAAAAGUACGACCACGACCGACUAUCCCCAGCAACAGCACAAUCUCCAGACCGCUGCGAUACUUGUUGCUUCUAACAGUAUGCAAUCUCUCCAGAAUCGACUCACCCACAAUGGGGAUGCAGAUAAAGAAAAUCAACCCCCCAGCGCAUCUCAGCUGUCUGAGUCUCUUGCCCGCCUGGAGCUUCAAGACAACAAAUCCAUCUUGACUUCUCCCAAGCCAGUCACGCUAGUCAUCCCACCUGCACCGAUAUCCACAGACCCUGCUGUGGUAGCUGAGCGAGCGAUGCACAUGAAGUUUACAGAAGCAGCUCUUGAUAUGGCCCGGCUCGCUCUUCAAACCAACGAAACCCCUGUUGGAUGCGUUCUUGUUCAUGAUGGACGGAUUAUUGCACGGGGCAUGAAUGCGACCAAUGUCACUCGAAAUGGUACUCGUCACGCCGAGUUCAUGGCGCUCGGUGCUCUGCUAUCUUACCCCCCAAAGGAUGGGCCGAGAACGACGUAUCUCAAGCCCAAAGCCGAGAACCAGUCUGAGGCAGCUUCGGAGACGUCUUCCAUUGAUUCGGGACCUCCAGACGAAGGCAAUGAAGAUGGAGCCAAAGGACACCUCUACCCCUACGGACAAAAGUGCCACCCUGAUGCGCGAGUCGACAGAUCGAUCAUCAGAGAAAGCAUCUUGUACGUCACGGUUGAGCCAUGCGUCAUGUGUGCUUCUCUAUUGCGUCAGCUCGGCAUUAAAAAAGUCUACUUCGGCGCUGUCAACGACAAGUUCGGCGGAACUGGCGGUGUUUUCAGCAUUCAUGCCAAUUCCCUUCCCGUCAGUACGGAUGGACAGACUGCCAGUGCUCAUCCUACCCCGAAACCUGCGCAGCUCCCAGACGGCAGUGGCACUUUGGGUGUCUCGUAUCCUCCAGGCGGAGGCGAUGGCGGAAACAUUGAAUCUGGCUAUGAGAUCGAAGGUGGCUGGGGGCGCGAUGAAGCGGUUGGCCUACUCCGGCGCUUCUAUGUCCAGGAGAACGGACGAGCGCCUGUACCUCGCAAGAAGGAAGGGCGCGCAGCCCGACUAGCCGCUAUGCUGGAAGGUGAAGGUAAUGGAGAAGAGACCCCGACACCUGAUAUUACGACACCUGUUCCGGAUGCCGAUUCUUUCGACCUCCCUACUUCAACAGAAAUCCUCAAGGAGGAGCACGAGCCGCUGGCAGAUCGCACCAAUGUCUAG